UCCACAUCAGCGCAAAAUGGGUAGGGUCGAGGGUCAUUUUUUUAAGAUUGCACGCCAGAUAAUGGACCACUAAGACGUCAGAUCGGGCCGGGCACCGCACGCUGUCGGGUGUUCCUGUGGUAACCGGCGAGGCUGACCGAGCUUGUUGACGUUCCGAAACCUCCCCCUAAAGCUCCCUCCUUAACGCGACUUCGCGACUCCUCUCCUGCGAAACCAAACACUACCAACCCACUCAAAACAACAUUCCUUGAAAUUUACUCCAAAAUCCCGUUCGCCGACUAUGGAAGCUCUUCUAUCCUCUUCGUUUGACCUCGUCUCGUCCUACGACACCCUACAUAUCCGAAAGGGCCUGCGCUGCCUCGAGGGCUUCCUGGCAAAGAUGUGUCUACAGAUUCCGGCGCCGCCGGUGCCGCCACCAACGCCGAGGAAUGGCGCGAGAAGGGAUAGCAUCGUUCCGCCGCCUGUUCCCGCUGCGAAACCGAAGGAUGCUGCGUUCAGGGAAUUUUUGAGGCUGCAGAACGGAUUCGAGUGGAACGUCACUAUCCGACUCAUAGCUUGUUUGGAACGACUACUCGGCAAGGAAAACAACAAUCAGAAUAACCUCCUGAUCCUUGCGUCACUCGACCUCAUCCAGGGAAUGCUCCUCCUCCACCCCCCGUCGCGCAAGCUCUUCGCGAGAGAGAUCCACAUGAACGUCAUGCUCGACCUUCUGGACGCCGGCAACAGCUGCAACGUCCAGUCUGCCACACUUCUCACGUUGGUGUGCGCUCUGAUAGAGCAUCCUCAGAACACUAGGGUAUUCGAGGCACUCGAUGGUCUGGCUACCGUCACCGCCUUGUUCAAACGUCGCGACACUCCUCGCGAAGUGAAGCUCAAGAUACUCGAGUUCCUUUACUUCUAUCUCAUGGCUGAGACGCCUGCGACCGGUCCUGCGCCGGAGGGAGCUCCUCCGGGAAAGAUGGUUCGCAUCGACCGGACAACAGAGGAAAAGCAGGCCAUGCUCGGUGAGUUCAUGAGCAAUGUUGAUGGACUGGUUGCAGACCUCAAGGAGAGCCAGCCUUUUGGCAUGUAGUGUAGAACAGAUUAGAUGUACGAUAAGUGGAUGGGAUGGUUGUGUUUUGUGUAUUGGGUUUCCGAAUUAUGGCGUUAAACAAGCGGUAGA